CGGACUGACCGACCGACCGAUGUGAACACGGCGGCUCCGGUCAGUCCCCUCCUCUCUCCGCUCCGCUCUAGUCGUCUUCCCUCCCCCCGAGCUCCAUAAAAUAAGGCGUGCAAGCUACUCGUUGCCGGCAGCUUCCUCCACCUCCCUCUCCCUCUCUUCCUCCCCUCUCCCUCCCUCUCCGAUCCAGCGAUCUCUGGGGUAUCGCCGCCGAUGGCGGGGUCGAUCCGCGUCACCAUGGAGGUCGGCGCCGACGGCGUCGCGCUCAUCACCAUCUGCAACCCGCCGGUCAAUGCUCUGCACCCCAUCAUCAUCGAGGGGCUCAAGGAGAAGUACGCCGAGGCCUUGGGUCGCGACGACGUCAAGGCCAUCGUCCUCACGGGCGCGGCUGGCAAGUUUUGUGGAGGCUUCGAUAUCAAUGUAUUCUCAAAAGUUCAUGAGACUGGAGACGUGUCCAUUUUGCCUGAGAUGUCUUUUGAGCUUGUGUCGAAUAUGAUGGAAGAUGGCAAAAAGCCUUCUGUCGCUGCAAUUCAAGGCCUUGCUCUUGGCGGUGGUCUAGAGUUGACUAUGGGUUGUCAUGCUCGGAUAGCUACCCCUGAAGCUCAACUUGGAUUACCAGAGCUAACUCUUGGCGUGAUUCCUGGAGCUGGAGGAACUCAGCGUCUACCGAGGCUUGUAGGUCUGCCCAAAGCAAUAGAAAUGAUGCUGCAAUCGAAGUUCAUUACAGCCAAGGAAGGAAAAGAACGUGGUUUUAUUGAUGCGCUUUGCUCCCCUGAUGAGUUGAUAAAAAUGUCACGCUCUUGGGCUCUGGAGAUUGCAAAUUACCGUAAACCUUGGAUAAGAUCUCUUGGCAGAACAGAUAGGCUUGGUUCACUGUCUGAAGCUCGUGCUGUAUUAAGUAUGGCAAGGCAGCAAGCAAAUAAGGUUGCAGCAAACAUGCCACAGCACCAGGCCUGCCUAGAUGUUAUUGAAGAAGGUGCACUAUAUGGAGGCCAUGCUGGUGUUGUGAAGGAAGCAAAGGUUUUCAAGGAGUUGGUAGUAUCAACCACAUCAAGGGCACUUGUCCAUGCAUUCUUCGCCCAGCGUUCCACCACUAAGGUACCAGGUGUUACUGAUAUUCAACUCAAACCCAGGAACAUAAGAAAAGUUGCUGUUAUUGGUGGUGGUCUUAUGGGUUCUGGAAUUGCAACAGCCCUUCUUGUUGGCAAUAUAUCUGUUGUCCUCAAGGAAGUAAACCCUCAAUUUUUGCAAAGGGGACAAAAAACAAUAGCAGGAAAUCUGGAGGGCCUUGUCAAAAGAGGCUCAUUGACCAAGGAUAAAAUGAGCAAGGCCAUAUCACUUCUCAAGGGUGCAUUGGAUUAUUCAGAUUUCAAGGAUGUUGAUAUGGUUAUUGAGGCUGUUAUUGAGAAGGUUCCUUUGAAGCAAUCAAUUUUUGCUGACAUUGAGAAAAUCUGCCCACCACAUUGCAUACUUGCAACGAACACUUCCACCAUCGAUUUGAAUGUUAUUGGCGAGAAGACAAAUUCUCAAGAUAGAAUUAUUGGGGCUCAUUUUUUCAGCCCUGCUCAUAUUAUGCCCUUGCUUGAAAUUGUCCGGACGGAAAAGACAUCACCACAAGCUAUCCUUGAUCUCAUUACAGUUGGGAAAAUAAUAAAGAAAAUCCCCAUUGUUGUUGGCAACUGCACAGGCUUUGCAGUAAAUCGUACAUUUUUCCCUUACACACAAGGUGCUCAGCUUCUAGUUAGUCUUGGCAUUGAUCUUUUCAGAAUUGAUCGAAUAAUAAGCAACUUUGGCAUGCCAAUGGGACCUUUUCAACUCCAAGAUUUAGCUGGAUAUGGAGUAGCCUUAGCAGUAAAGGAUAUCUAUGCAGCUGCCUUUGGAACACGGAAUUUUAACUCCGUUCUAGUGGAUUUGAUGGCGGAGACUGGGCGGCAGGGAAAGAGCAAUGGAAAAGGUUACUACCUUUAUGAGAAGGGUGCGAAGCCAAAGCCUGACCCUAAUGUUCAACAUGUGAUUGACGAGUACAGAAGACAGGCAAAGACAAUGCCGGGUGGAAAGCCUGUUACUUUAUCAGAUCAAGAUAUAUUGGAGAUGGUUUUCUUCCCAGUCGUUAAUGAGGCAUGCAGGGUCAUGGAUGAAAACGUGGUGAUCAGGGCUGCUGAUCUUGAUAUCGCAUCUGUUCUUGGGAUGGGCUUUCCUAAGUACAGGGGUGGCCUCAUCUUUUGGGCUGACACGGUGGGAGCAUCUUAUAUACAUUCAAAGCUUAGCAAGUGGGCUGAAAUGUACGGUGAUUUCUUCAAACCAUCAUCAUAUUUGGAGGAAAGAGCAAAAAGCGGCCGACCACUGGCCGCGCCACGGACGGCUCACCAAGCUUCGACGAGGUCACGCAUGUGAGGCGCGGCAUAUGAUGAGCACUUGGCUCAGCUACUGCUCGAACAGCAUCAACACUGCUUGCGGCACAUAUGUGGACCUCCAGGGAAGUGUUAUCUGUAGUGUGUGUUGGACAUUACAUCAUGUUCACAGUUUUUUACCUGGGCUGAUACAACAAUAAGAAAAAUAAACGUCUUAGCAUAGUUCUCUGGUUGUAAUUUCCAUGCCUCAUAACUGUGCAAGUCUGUAACUAUGGUAAGUAGAGUUUAUGCUGUAUUUGUCAAGUGUAAAUUUGCACAUCACAAUUCAGGGGAAUGAUAUCUUUCUUUUUGAGAA